AUGGCCGGACCCACUGCUCAAGCGCUCACCUCGGACGACGUGCUCAUUGUGAACACCAGCCCGCUCGACCUGCAAGCCGUCCAGCAUUGCGAGCCCGCAUUGACGAUGAGCGCUCCGAGCACCAGCACCUUGCUCUCGACCGCCACCACCACCUUCUCGUCUCUCACCACCUCCCAGGCAGCCACCACAACCGCUCGAUCUCUCGUCAAGGGGCCCCUGACAACCCUGCGCACAGCACAAGACCGCCGCCUCCUUCCUCUCCUGGGCUUCGUAUUCCACCCGGGACCUCUCCACUCAACUCUACCCUCUCCUCUCUCGGAUCUGGCGACCUCAAUCCGGAUCUUUGGGACCCUGGCGACACGCAACCCAGCCGCCGGCCCAGGAUUCGCACGACACGCAUGCAAGUCCAGCGCCGAGCAACAAGGCCACGCAGAACACCAGGAACACGGAGCGAGGAGAACAGAGGAGGAGAUGCAGAAGGAGAGGGAGGGAGAGGAAGAAGAACGCGGGCGAGCAGGGAGGACGAGCACAGAGGCUCAGAAUCGCAGGUACACCCUUGUUGGACGUCCUGCACCGCCGCCUCCGCUCUUGGUACCCGCGCCAGCAGACGUAUUGACGAGCAUGAAGCUCAUCGUGCGCACUGCUGGCCACAACGUUGUCCCGGGAAUUACGGUCGUACCCGCUGUUGUGCACGGCAACAUGGCGGACACUCACAGCUCUAUGCGUAUGUCGUUGUUUCUGCUCGAUGUAUGUGUUGCCGACGAGAACACCGAUGUGUCCGGGGUGCUCGAAGAAGUACCCGGUCUGUUAUUCGACCUCUUACACGCGACCAAGGGGUACCCUAUGAUGGUACACCAGGUACAUACGUCACCAGCCGCAGCGCCCACGUUAGAAGGCAACACAACAAACGUUCAGUUCGUUACCGAACAGCAGCAGAGUGAUUGUGCCUGCUGCUCCCACUUCAUGAGAUGGCCGUCUCCGCAUGCUGUGGAUAUGCCAGGCUCGUCAUUCGAUGCAUUCACCACUGUUUGUUCACGCAAUGCGCACGACGAAUGCACACCGGUGCCCGCCAUUCCCCGUGGCAACAUGUCAGGGGCGCAUCACUGCACAUCCGACAUGCCAUAUCUAUGUGAUCCGUCACACAAUCGGCAGUCAACAUCCAACAGCUCAUUCAGCUCAAUUGGCCCCAGUGCUGCUCAAAAGUACUUCAAGUACCUCACACAGCUGGUGUUCUUUGUUCUUUGUGCGGUGCUCUCCCCUGACCCUCACUAUGAUGCCCCCCUGACAGCAGGUCAGCGUGCAGCCUGCCAGGCCUUUGCUGACUCCCUGGUCACAUCAGGCAAAACUGAAUUAGCUUUCAGGACUUUGUAG